UUCAAUAGUGCGCACUGGCUCCCCUCACUCCAAACUCGCUGCAUCUCCCUUCCAAGAAAACUCCUCCAGAUUUCAAGAAGUCUCCGGAUUGCUUUGAUUGGAUGUACCGACAAAAUAUUAAAAACCAUUUCGGAAGAAGGAUAGAGGGAGUUUAGCUUGUUUUAUCAGCGCGAAAGGAGGCAAAGCGCCGUUACGUGUCGACUCGAGAGAUUUAUCCGACACUUCUGGAAAAGCGGCGCUCGGCUCUCGCGUUAUGGAUCGAUAGUACGAAACUCUCUGGGAGUGAGGAGAAAACUCCUGUAGAGCCCGGGAAACGCCGUCUGUGUGGAAUAAAGAGAGAGUUGAGGGUUGAUAAGUCGUUUUAGACGCCGUUUCAGUGAUGGAUGGAGCAGUUGUGUUAUCGGUGCUGGUGCUGGGUUUGUGCGGAGGUGUCUGGAGCGCCUCGUAUCCUCAGCAGUAUAACCUGUACACGGGCACACAGACGCAGAAUCCGCCCUUAAACGGGGCGAGGGCGGCGAGCAGACACAGAAACUGGUGUGCAUAUGUGGUGACCAAGACUGUGAGCUGUGUUGUAGAAGAUGGAGUGGAGACUUACGUGAAGCCUGAUUACCAGCCAUGCUCCUGGGGAGUUCAGUGUGCACGUGUAGUCGUUUACAGGACCUACAUGAGGCCCAGAUACAAGGUUGCUUACAAAAUGGUAACAGAAAUGGAGUGGAAGUGCUGCCAUGGAUAUAGCGGACAAGACUGUAACAAUGGACCAAAUGGAGGAUCUGAUACUCACAUCUCAACAAGCAGACCUGGGAAUGGGAGAGGUGACAAUGACAAGAUGAGACAACUGGAGGACAAAAUCCAGAGGUUGACCAAAGACCUAAAUGACCUGCAGUCAACACUGCGUGGCAUGAAUGAGAAAUUCCAGGAGGAAAUGCGCAAACCUGGUAUUAAUAGUGGCAAAACACCAGCUGAUGCAGCUCAGCCUGAAAUGAAAGAGACUAUCCAUAACAUUCAGACCAAGCUGGAUCAGUUAGACAACCGUACUCAAGCUCAUGACAAGACUCUAGUCAGCAUAAAUAACCACCUUGUGAAUGGCAAAGGUGGAGGCAAUGAACUAGAUGUGAGUGGAGUAGGGGGAAACAAGUUUAACACCUUGAAAGAGGAAAUACUCAGAGAGCUUGAACGUCGAGUGACACUUUCUUGUUCCGCCUGUCAGUCUGGAGUGGAAGACCUGAAACGACAACAGCAACAAGAUCGGGAGAGGAUCUCAGCUUUGGAAAAGCAGAUUAGUGCCAUGGACCAACGUCACCGCCAGAUUCUUGAUGGUUUACGCCGAGAUCUUAGCCGGUCACAAGGCUGCUGUGACACUGUGACAGACUUCAGAGCACGACUUAAUGACAUGGACAGAAAGAUAAGCUCUACAUCAGAAGCAUAUGACAAGCUUCAGGAUCGUCUGAAUAGGCAACCAGGAGGAACUGGAGGUGGUGGAAGUAUUGGAGGAGGAUUAGGUGGACAAGGACAAUUUCCUUUAAUGCCAGAAGAUUUUUUCAGUGACAGUCUAAAAGACCUGGAGAGACGACUCAACAACACUGUUCAGAGGGCAGAGGAAAACUGUGCUUAUAUGGAAACUAACAUACGGGACUCCUUCCAGCAAGAAUUCAGAAAUAUUCGCAAUGAAUUCAAUAAUCGUCUUCUUGACCAGGAUGAGAGGAUUAAUGACAUAGAACAUGAUAUAGGAAACGUUAAAGAAUCUGUAUUUGAUCUUGAUAAGCGUUUAUAUCGGCUUGAGAAUACGACGUCUUUUAUAGACAAAAGGUUAAGUGAAUGCUCUGGGUGCUCAGUCUCAAGUUCUGGGUCAAGUCCAAGCAGUGGUAGUCCUAGCAUUGGUGAAACGGUUAAGUCUUUAGAGUGGAGAGUUGUUGCAAAUGAAGAUGAGAUCAAGAGGUUUGACACACGAUUCAAGGAUCUCUCUGUGUCCGGUGACUCUCUUGAGGACAGGGUCAUCAACCUCAGUCAUGAUGUUCGCAAGAUCAAAGCUCUAACUGGAGACAAUGGGGAACACUUCAACAGGAUUGUCACAGAGAUGGAGAACUGUGAAGUGUGCAGCACAGUGGAGGAUGACCUGAAAAAACUCAAGAACAUCACAAACCAUGCCAUGGACAGGUGGCAGAGGGAAAUGAACUACAUUAAGGGUACAUUUGACUCUGGUCAGAAGGGUUGUGUGGAUGUGUGCUCUGGUUUGCAGGACGAGAUGGAUCAGUUGAGAGAGGAGGUACAGAAAUGCAGUGGUCAGUGCAAGAUCAACCUGAAUACUCCUACAGGAACAGGAUCAGAAACGGAUCACCUGGAUGACCCUCAAAAACCGCUGGAUGGACAUAGUGUUAUUAGCAGUAACACCGGAGACCUUAGGUCAAUUCAAGGAGAGCUGUCUGAGGUCAUCUUAACAUUCAGUUCCAUCAACGACACACUAAAAGGUCUGGAGCAUGUGGUUCAGAAGCAUGACAGCGUUAUCAAUGACCUUGGAAACACUAAAGACAAAAUAAUAUCUGAAAUUGACAAGAUCCAGCAGGAAAUGACCGAACACAUAGAAGAUAGCAGGGUACGCUUUGACAGUGUCGAUCAGGAUGUACGGCGCUUUGGGAACAACUUUGUGGUUGAAAUGGGUGACUGCAAGAGGAAUGGCGACGGACUGGAUAAGAGGCUCUCUAAACUCGAAGUGGUUUGUGGUCGACUUGACUCUGUCUCAGACAAUCUCCAGAAGAUCAAAGAAGGCCUGAACAAACACGUGUCUAGCCUAUGGAACUGUGUCAGUGGGCUAAACAACACAGUGAUCUCGCACAGUGGGUUCAUUGAGAUCCUCCAGAACACACAUCUGGAUGAUAUCCAUGGCAAGAUCAAAAGACUCAACUCCUCUAUGAUCCACAUCCUCAAGGAGUUCCAGAACUUAGCAGAGAAUGAUUUGACAGGAUUACCUGGACCACCAGGUCCCCAAGGAGAAAUUGGGUUCCCUGGUCCUCAGGGGCCACCAGGUAACGAUGGACCACCUGGUAUUCAGGGCUUACCGGGUCCAAGAGGACCUCCAGGUCUCAGAGGAGAGAGAGGUAUGGCUGGUGCAGAUGCCAAUAUAAGACGUCUUUCGUUCUCAGCAGCUCUCACAAAUCCAAUGGUUACAGCUGGAACAAUUAUUUUUGAUAAGACCUUUGUAAAUGAAGGAAACUUUUACAAUGCACGAACAGGUAUGUUUACUGCACCAGUAGAGGGAAAGUACUUCUUUAGCGCUAUUCUGACGGGACACAAAAAUGAGAAGAUUGAAGCUGUGCUGUCCAGGUCUAACUAUGGUGUGGCUCGUGUAGAUUCUGCCGGUUACCAACCGGAAGGGUUGGAAAACAAACCAAUGGCAGAGGCCAAACCAACACCAGGUUCUUUGGCUGUCUUCAACAUCAUCCUGCCUCUUCAGAUGGGCGACACAGUCUGCAUAGACCUCGUGAUGGGCAAACUGGCUCAUUCAGUGGAGCCUCUAACCAUCUUCAGUGGUAUGCUUUUAUAUGAAGAUGUACAGAUAUAGCCUUGAGAGCAAACAGACUCGGUGGACUAGCAAAACGACGGGGCUAGAAAGAGACACGCUAAAUAACGUUUAUCCACCCAGGAUGACAAUACACACGCCGCUCGUUGAUUUUCCUGUGGUAUAAUUUCCAAAUCUAUGGAUCUUGUAAGACCUCCAAAGAAUUCCUUGAACAGAGAAUAUAAUUUUAUAUGGAGGAACUGUUGCCCUUGAUAUGUUAUCCUAACCCGCAUUUUGGAGAAGUGUUGUAACAAAUACUACUGCAGGUUUGUGCUGCCGUUGAUGACGAUGUUCUUAUUGAGAUAUUUCCAUGUUAUAGGAAUCACAGACAUGAGUUAUGAAUAAUCUCUCAUGCACCGAAGAUGACCAUGAGGUCUGUUUGACUUCCCAUGUAUGCCACUGCACGGUAAAAUACUCUUCUGCCAAAGAGCUUGACUCACAGUCAGGGUUAUAGGUUAGGCUGAUGGGUGUGGAAUUUGGGAGAUUUGGUGAAAGGAAUUCAUGUUUUUGCUGUGAAUGUUUAAAUCCUGUGCUUCUUUUUCUAUGUUGACUCAAGGCAAACGUGCCUUCAUUUCAAUUUUUUCUAUUUCUCUGUAUUACAAGUGCCAAGUUUUUGAGGAAUAACAUCCUGCUCUUGCCAAAGAUGCUUUUACUGUGGUUGGUGGUUGAUGACUUCAGGAAACAUUCAAUAUGUUUUCCAAACUGACAAUCAGUGAGGUAUAUCAUUGCUUUCUGUGCAAACUUUCCAAGUGCCACUGGAAAAUGGCAAUGAAAUCUCCAUUUCUAAGGCACACCGUUUCCUCAGUAGCAUCUAACCAACAAGAAAUCUUUGAGCAUGCAUUGUUCUGCAUUUGUGAUGCCGCUGACAACAACCUCAGUUCUACUGGAGUGGAGGACCAUUGCAUUUUCAUAUUUCCAGCUCACAGCCUGAGUGCUCAAUGGAGAUUACUAUCAAACAGAGCCUGUCCUUAAUGUGGUUCAACAAAGUGCCUUUGAAGAAUAACAAUGCUGAGGAUUCAGAGGGUGUCCUUCGUCAACCGAUUCUGUCUGUGUGGUCUAGCUCGAAUGUUUACUGUAAGACAUCCCAAAGAAUUUUGAACUUACGUGGCUUUUGCUUUUUCUUGUUUGAAACAUGCUUGUGCAAUUUCACAGCAUGCUGACAGAAAAUAUCUGCAUAUUAGUAUGAAUUUCCAGAGUUCAUAUGGAUAAGAAUGUUGAAGAUUAAGGCUGCUAUCUUUUAUGUGCUAUGUUUCAUUUAUUUUUAGGUAUAAAGAAAUUCUGCAGCUCAUAAAACGGACGCUACGGCAGCAACAUCAACAUCUGUGUUCAUGUAAAAUAGACCAGAUCUAAGAUUUUAUAGUUCCCUCUCAUGGUUUAACCUGUUACCUUGAAUGUGUACGUUGGCAACACGUGUGUUUCAAAUAAAGAUAUUUAAUUUUA